GAAAGCAAAUAUGUCAGGAAGAGGCAAAACCGGAGGAAAGGCCCGAGCCAAGGCUAAGACCCGCUCCUCCCGGGCCGGGCUCCAGUUCCCCGUCGGCCGUGUCCACAGGCAUCUGAGGAAGGGUAACUACGCCCACCGUGUCGGUGCCGGAGCCCCGGUGUACCUGGCCGCUGUGCUGGAGUACCUGACCGCUGAGAUCCUGGAGCUGGCUGGAAACGCCGCCCGGGACAACAAGAAGACCCGGAUCAUCCCCCGCCACCUGCAGCUCGCCGUCCGCAACGACGAGGAGCUGAACAAGCUGCUGGGAGGAGUGACCAUCGCUCAGGGAGGCGUGCUGCCCAACAUCCAGGCUGUGCUGCUGCCCAAGAAGACCGAGAAGGCUGCCAAGAAGUGAACACCCUGAACCCGCUUCAAUAAACACCAAAGGCUCUUUUAAGAGCCACACACUUCUGUCCAGAGAGCUUUCCUUCAUCAAACACUUUUUUAUAUUGAUCUAAUCUUUGAAUAUGUUUCGUAGUUUCCACUACCCUAAUGUGUAAUGUGAGUUUAACUGCUUAUUCACUCAACUGUAGAUCAAACAUUCUCUAAUGAAGGUACACCUUUGAGUGUUUCUCUUCUAGGCUGUUAGAACUAAAGUAAACUGAUGUAGAUACUUUCAUUACACUUCAGACCCCUGCAAGUUGACCUGUGUGUCAACAUGGAAUCUAAAGGUAUUUGAUCAGUGCAACAAUAUAUGAAAAUAACAUGAAGCACAGUAUCUGCAGGUAGGCCUAUGUUUCUGUAUUUAGAGACAUGUGACUGCAGUGAGCCUCAUCAUGACUCAAGUGUGUCAAAGUGUAUUUAUAGCCCAAUAUCACACACUUGUCUCAGUGGACUCGGUUAGUGCAGGAUGUGAGAACGACCCCCUCUGUCCUUGGAGCCUCACUUACUCCACUUUCUCCUGGUGGUGUUUUUACAUCAUUGUUAAAUAAUGUAAUAACUGUAAAUAUUAUAUUAAAGCAGUUAAACAU